GCCUGUUCAGCUUUGAGCCUGUGCCCUCCCGCAGAGCCCUGCAGGUGCUCAAGCCGCGGGACCGCGUUUCCGCCAUCGCUCACCGCGGCGGCAGCCACGACGCGCCCGAGAACACGCUGGCGGCCAUUCGGCUGGGAAUAUAUCCCAGUGGCCGUCUAUCCCUCUGAAGUCAGAAAUCUCCCAACUUAUUUAUAUCACACAGCAAAUACCUACAUAUUUGCUAUAUGCCAGGCACUGAGGACACGCUCCUAAACAAGACAGAAAGGGCCUCGGCUUUCACAGAGCUUGCGCUGAGAUGGGGAAAAUCCGCCUUAAACAACACACAAGUGAGAUACUUUAAGAGAGUGAAAAGUGUAAUGAAGAAAUAGGGUCGCGGGAUAAGGAAUGACUGGGAAGAGGACUUGGGCUAUUUUGGAUAGAGUAAUCAGAAAAAUCCUCUCAGAAGACCUGUCUUGAGCUGCAGCUGGGAUUGUGAGAAGGAGCCAGCCUUAGAUCUAGGAGAAAUGUGUUCCAGGAAAGGAGAACAGCGAGUGCAAAAGCCGGGAGGUGGGGACGAUGUUGGAACGUUCAGCUAAGAAUGGAGCAACAGGUGUGGAGUUGGACAUUGAGUUUACUUCCGACGGGAUUCCUGUCUUAAUGCAUGAUAACACAGUUGAUAGGACGACCGAUGGUACUGGUCGAUUGUGUGACUUGACGUUUGAACAAAUUAGGAAGCUUAAUCCUGCAGCAAAUCACAGGUUAAGGAAUGAUUUCCCUGAUGAAAAGAUCCCUACCCUGAGAGAAGCCGUUGCAGAGUGCCUAAACUAUAACCUCACAAUCUUCUUUGAUGUCAAGGGCCAUGCAAAUAUGGCUACUGAUGCUCUAAAGAAAAUAUAUAUGGAGUUUCCUCAACUAUACAAUAAUAGUAUCGUCUGCUCUUUCUUGCCAGAAGUCAUCUAUAAGAUGAGACAAACAGAUCAGAAUGUAGUGACAGCUUUAACUCAUAGACCUUGGAGCCUUAGCCAUACAGGAGAUGGGAAACCACGCUAUGAUACUUACUGGAAACAGUCCAUGUUUGUGGUAAUGGACAUUUUGCUCGAUUGGAGCAUGCAUAAUAUCUUGUGGUACCUGUGUGGAAUUUCAGCUUUCCUCAUACAAAAGGAUUUUGUAUCCCCGGACUACCUGAAGAAGUGGUCGGCUAAAGGCAUUCAGGUUGUUGCUUGGACUGUUAAUACCUUUGAUGAAAAAAGUUACUACGAAUCGCAUCUUGGUUCCAGUUAUAUCACUGACAGCAUGUUGGAAGACUGUGCAUCUCAGUUCUAGAAUUUUCCCCCAGGGAGGAAAUCCGGGUACAGAAACUACCUGCUGGCCUUAAGCAGGGAUAUCAAAAUACCCUUUGUGCUAGCCCAAGCCCUGGGGGAUCAGGUGGCUCAUACAAGCAAUAGUUGGUAUUUGCAUUUUUACCUGAACCAUAGCAAAACCUGGUUUUGCCACCUUAUUCCAUGGAAUGCCUGAGUUCAACACUGUUGCUCUUGAAAAUCUGGGUCUGCAAAAAAGGGACAACAGUUCCUGCCCUAGCUGACGGGUACACCGAAACCCAGUGAGGAUAAGCACAGAUUGAGUUGUGCAGUUUGGGGUUGCAGAUGCAAAUGCAUGGGAAAUGCAUGAUCACUCAAAAGUUGACAUUUUAAAACUUGACACACUUAAUGUAAUUUACUUAUUUAAAAUAUUUGUAUUCAGCUACAUUAUCAAUGUACUAUAGACAGCAAACUUGUGACCAUACUAAUAAAAUCAUUAAAAGGA